GGGAGGAAAGACCUCCUCAGCCCUACCCCAAUCCAUACACUCCAGACCUGGAAGCAUUAUGUAGCCGCUAGCCUGGAUGGGGUCUGUGCACGUCCAAGCUGAGGGCAGCAGAUGCUGGACCCAGGGAGCUCUCUGCACCAACUGAGCAAGCAAGGCCUCCAGGGACUGACUUGCCAACAGCUGGACUUGAUCACCAGCCUGAGACACAGCUCAUGCACUGCAUAGAAUAACAAGCAGACUUUGUUCCCUGGCUGUGCAAAGCGUUGUUUUCCAAGGGAUUGCCACAGCAGCAGAGAGAAAACCAGAGAUCACUACCUGGACCCUUGAGUCUCUGUAAAGAGCCAAAGUGUAAGAAAUUGUGCUGCUGUGGAGUUUGCAGGAUGAUGGUGGCUCUCCGGGGACCUUGUUCACUGGUUCUCUUCCUUGCAGCAUUCCUGCCCCCACCACAACAUGCCCAGGACCCAGCUAUGGUGCACUACAUCUACCAGCGCUUCCAAGUCUUGGAGCAAAGGCUGGAAAAAUGUACCCAAACCACAAGGGCAUACAUUCAAGAGUUCCAGGAAUUCUCAAAAAACAUAUCCAUGAUGCUGGGGAGGUGUCAGACCCACACCAGUGAAUAUAAGAGUGCAGUUGAUAACCUGGCACUAAGAGUAGAGCGUGCCCAGCGGGAGAUUGACUACCUGGAAUACCUCCGGGAAGCCGACAUAUGUAUCGAAUCAGAGGAGAAGACACUGGCUGAAAAGGUGCUUCAAGAAGCUGAAGAAGAAAAGAAGAUCCGAACUCUGUUGAAUGCAAGCUGUGACAACAUGUUGAUGAGUAUAAAGUCUCUGAAAAUAGUGAAGAAGAUUAUGGACCCAGAUGGCUCUUGGAUGAAAGAUGCUGGUGGUAACUCUGCAAAGGUGUAUUUAUUAAUUGGAUCCAGAAACAACACAGUUUGGGAAUUUGCAAACUUGCGGGCAUUCAUGGAAGACAGCACCAAGUCUGGCCCCCGGAAGCUAAUCUUACCACUUUCCUGGCAGGGAACAGGACAAGUGGUCUACAAAGGCUUUCUAUUUUUUCACAAUCAAGGAACUUCUAAUGAGAUAAUUAAAUAUAAUCUGCAGAAGAAGACUGUGGAGGAUCGAAUGCUUCUCCCAGGAGGGGCAGGCCGAGCACCCAUCUAUCAACACUCCCUAUCCACCUACAUUGACCUUGCUGUGGAUGAACAUGGUCUCUGGGCCAUCCACUCAGGACCGGGUAUCCAAGGCCAUUUGGUUCUCACAAAAAUUGAGCCGGACACUUUGGGAGUAGAGCACUCAUGGGACACGCCGUGCAGAAACCAGGAUGCGGAAGCUUCGUUCCUCCUAUGUGGAGUCCUGUACGUGGUCUACAGUUCCGGGGGCCAGGGCCCUCACCGUGUCACCUGUGUCUAUGACCCACUGGGCACUGUGAGGGAGGAGCAUCUGCCUAAUUUGUUCUUCCCCAGGAGGCCAAGGGGUCACUCCAUGAUCCAUUACAACCCCAGAGAUAAGCAGCUGUAUGCCUGGAAUGAAGGCAGUCAGAUCAUCUACAAACCCCAGACAAAGAAAAGGCUGCCUCUGAAGUAAUGGAUGGGAGUUUGGAGGGAGAGCUGUGUGGUUGGAGCCACGGUUCUUCCAGGAUACUGAGGUCACAACCCCUUUACAGUGUAGUAUUCCUCUAGAAGGACACAGGGAUAGCAUCUAAAAGUUUAAAUACAUAUUAUUCCUUUGCCAAAUGUCACUGCCUUGGGAAUCUUUUGAGAGCAUAGAUGAGGCCAUAUUCUGAUGUUUUGAUGAAUACCCCAUCCUCGUCCAAAUCUGGUGGGGCUAAGGCCUCCUUCAUCUGAUCUACUUCGUCCCAGUCUUUCCUAAUUGCCUUUCAGCAUUUUCUCUGACUCUUUUCCGCUUUCAGCAAUUAGGAUCUUGCCACCCUGAUACUCACUGAUUUCUUCUUUGGUUUUCACUCAGGUUCUGUCCUCUUUCUCAUAUGCUUAUAAAUAUUUUUUCAUUGCCCAACUUCAUUAAUUACUUUUGUUGUUGCUAUGGCAAAAUACCUGACAAGAAGCAAAUUAAGAGAGAAAAGAUUUGUUUACUGGCUUUUAACCAGGCACAGGGGUGCCCGCCUUCAGUCCUAGCACACAGGAAGCAGAGGAAGGUGGAUCUCUGUGAGUUUGAGGUCGACCUGGUCUACAGUGUAAGUUCCAAGCCAAUCAAGGCUGAAGAGUGAAACCUUAUCAAUGGAUAUAGUCCAUCAUGGUAGUCGGGAAAGUGAGGGGAAUGGGACAGCUGUUCGUAUUAUAUCUGAAAUCAGGAAGCAAGGAGCAGACCAGAUGUGGGGCUGCACUAAGAAACCUCAUGGCUGGCCCAGGCCUCACUUCAGGGCCUGCGCCAAGCUAGGAACCAAAUGUUCAAACACAGGAGCCUGUUCAGCUCAUUUCACAUCGAGGUCAUAACACCCAGGAAGCACUAUUUCUUAUUAAUGUUUAAUGUUUAUUUCCUCUAGCCUUGCCCUUCUGCCAAGCCAAGUGGAUACAGUAACAAAGUAAAACCAUUAGUAGAAGGAGGUCACUUUCUAGCUACAAAGCUUUUGAACAUCGUUUAAUUCUCUUUUAACCUUUGUGGGUAUGUACAAAUCUUUAUAGUUGCUAAGCCAGACAUGAGAGUUCAGGUGAGUUAUUCAAAGUAGUAAACUAAAAUAUGUAAGAGCUAGAAAAGAUUGCAAAUAUUAGUCUUUCCAUCAUCCAAGGAAGAAAGGAUCAGUUAUAUACUUUUGCCCACCUAUCCUUAACCAUUAUGUCCAUCAGUUCAGCCUAAAAAUAAUAGUUUGCCCCUUAGGCAGUUGUCAUGUCAGCACAAGGUCUUCUCAUAGGUCUUUCAAAGCCUGCUUUCUCCAGAAAACCAGCCUAAGGGUAAGGAGGAAACUCUAGCCUCAUCUUGUCUUUCUGUUGCCUGCUUCUUUCUUCUUUCUUUAAAGAUAAUAAAAGUGAAGUUAAGCAAAUA